GCCAGAUCCGCGAGAGCCAGAUGACAGCGUAAAAGAAACGAUCGAAUAUAGUAUUCCUCAGAAGUUCGUACCGCAUUAGAUGCUCACAUCCUAAGCCAGCGAUGGAUUUUGAUCCGAUGGAAAUCAGGCGUAUGAUGGAGAAACGCCAAAGAGAGCUCCGAGGGAACAAUUCGACUCCGGAGGAUGCCUUAUCGCCGACCAAAAGACCCCGACAAGAGAAAGAAAACGAAGCCCAGGCAAAUUCAUCACCCGCGAAACAAGGAUUCAUGGCAAAGUUCGCCGUUUCUCCGAAGAACCCGAGACGAGAAACUGCGAGUACUCUUUCGCAGGCAUCGCCUUCAACCAGGGCGCGUCUCAACGAAGUUUCGAAAAGGUAUGCCGAGCUAGAAGAGGACCUCCCUAAGCGGCCGUCGUCCACCUCGGGAGCUCCGACGACGCCGAAGAAGAAAUCAGCACCGCAGCCUCCGGUGCAGACACAGCAGCAGCAGAAACUUCUGAAGAAAAAGGCCCCCAGUCCUCCGCUGCCCAACUCAGACGAAGCCAUGGAUACCGGAGAAAUUCGGAAGAAGUGGGAGAUCACCGAGAGGACAACCGUCACGAUCAGUCACGGCGAUCAGAAUCGACCGGCGGAGGUCAAGGUUGCGACGUCCACCCGUCGCGUGGAUCCGAGUGAAGCCGGAGUCGCCGAGAAAGCGAAACAGUUCGACAAGCCUGAACAAAACACGUUGGAAGUGAAGGCUUCGACGAUCCCCAAGUCAAAGGUCGUACCGCGCGGGAAGAUCGCGGACAAAAUCUCCAAAUUCAAUGUCGACAAUUCUGGACCUCGCUGUGAGAUCGACACGAAACCCAUGGCGAGCGUUUCGGCGCGAGCAAAAUUCUUCGAAAAAGCAAUGGAAGCCGAUAAGAAGGCCGCUGAUGCGGUGUACGUCCCCGUUAGUCAGCGAACGUCGAAAUACAACGAGCAGUGCAGGCAAACUCUGAGCGAGAAGGUUCUUGCCCGGAAAGUCAAAUCCCGACCCUUCUUGGUCUUAUUAUUCUUCAAUGUUCCGUAGGUCGGAACAGUUUCGUCGAAAUUGAAGAAUCGGCUCCAAGACCUCAUGGUCCAUGGACACCGAACGCCAGACGAAACUCUCAUGUCAAUCAGCGAGAAAAGCGAAGAGUCCCAACGGCAGGCACUCGAUCAAGUUGGAGAAGAGGCCGGAGAAGACGAGGAGUUAUCUGAAUGCCGACCGGACGAUGAGCUGUUGAUGUCGCCCCAAAUUGUGAAGAAGUCGGAAAAUUUCAUGCACGACGACACCAUUUCGAGAAUCACCGGAAUCCCAGAAGACGGUCACAGCACCCCAACACCGUUCACAUCGUCCGAGGAAAAUCUCGGAACUCCCCUACGGAAGACAAUGAGCCAGUACCGACGAGACGAGAAGGAAGCUCAACAACGUGAGGCCAAUGUCAAACGCAUUGUUUACCAAAUACCCUCGAACAUGAUGCAAGAGAUUCGCGAGGGCAAAGAGGCCAUGGUCGACGACGAAGAAGCCGUCGAGGCUCUGGAGUCCUACAAAAAGCAAAUGGAGGAGGAAUUGGUCAAACAAGAAUCCAUCAUGAAGCAAACGAGCAACGCGCUCAUGGUCUGCCAAGAGACCGGAGACAAGGGAAGUGAACAGCAGGUGGAAGCCGAGCGGCUCUUGCUCAUCGCAACCGAACGUCACCAUGUGGCUCAGAGUGAGCUGCAAAGGCUGAAUGUCCAGAAAAGCGUCCCGAAAAGUAGUGGAACCAUGACCAUCUGCGAUAUUAAGCUUCCGUACAAGAACGAAUUUCUCAAGUACAAGCGUCAGUGUAACGAUGUGCUGGAGAACACGCAUUAUUUCAUUGUUCUCGUACAGUCGAGAGCCUCGUUGCUGCACACAGAGCUCGUUUCCACCGACGAAGAAAUCCUUGGGGGAUCUGUGAGUCUCAACCACCACAUGGUUUUGAAGAAUCUACAGGAAGGCUUCAGAGUCUUCGUGAAAGUGUACGCUGUGCAAGCUCCGAACCGCAAUCAUCCCGAAUACGAGGUCUCCAUGAAGAAGAAAAGACGCGAAAAAGAGAAGGAGGCAGGCAAGAGCGGUGGCAUCCUCAGUGCUUUCACACCGUCCAAGAAGAAAAAUCAGGGGACUCCUCAGGUUGAAGAAGCGAAAAUACGGAAACCCUCGUUUGGGCUCAUCGGGAAAGUGACGUUGGACGAGAGUCUAAUCGCACUAGACAAACAAGUGCAUUACUUAGACAACUACUUUAACGAUUCACCUCUGGAUGGUCGGAUAUUCAUGAAGAUCCAGCUGAACAUGCCCCCGAAAGUCUCGCACUGCGGAAUGCUUCGCUUGAAGGACUCGAAUGGCUUCAUGUCGUCGUACUUUGCCGCAAUCGAAGGUAACCAUCUAAAGCUCUGGAGUGACAUGAGAGCCGCUGAAGAAGACCAGGAGCCCAUCCGAUCGUUCGAUCUCUCCCAAGCUGUCAACACCGUUCGGGUGGAGCAGAGCUUCAGUUUCUUCUACUUCCCAUUGAAACUGUCGGGAAGCUCGGAGCUACAGCUACUGACGUACGCGGAAGACGAAUCCAAUCUUUGGGCAGACAAACUCAACGCGUGCAUCACGAGAUACUCUAAAUAACUGGUCAUCCGCCUUGAGGACGCUUUUGAAUUAUACGGUCAUUUCUCCUGGGACAUCGCAUUGCAUCAUGCGAUCAAUCGAUACAAACUGGUAUAUACACAUUCUGAUGUCGCGAUACCGUCGUAAUAGUACUCAAUUUGUCAAGUCAUUCGUUCUUCUUUCACUUGUGAUUGUAACGAAGAGCACAUCGUGGUGGAAAAUAUUCGCAUAUCUGCGGUCGUACGAUUAAUGUGUCCGGAGUGCAAGGGCUUCAAUCAGCUAAUAUUUGGCGGAUAGUCGACAUCAAUAAACU